AUGUUUUUUUUCUCCGUACUUCCCUUGGGUUGGAAAUUCAUUUUGACACUUAAUCUCUUUCUUUUACAUAUCAUAGGUUACGUCGUGACUGAGAGCGUCAAAUCACACCUCUCGAAUUUAGCACGCGCGGUGCUUCUCAGAAGACACCCAAUUUUAUUGCAAGGACCGACCUCAGCAGGAAAAACUUCCAUCAUUGAAUAUCUCGCGAAGCGUACUGGACAUCGUUUCAUGCGCAUCAACAAUCACGAGCAUACAGAUCUACAAGAGUACCUUGGCACGUACAUAACGGAUGAGAAGGGUGCUUUGACCUUCCAAGAAGGCGCACUCGUGCAAGCGGUACGCCGAGGGUACUGGGUCGUUCUUGACGAGUUGAAUCUAGCGCCUUCUGAUGUAUUAGAAGCUUUGAAUAGACUUUUAGACGAUAACAGAGAACUUUUUGUUCCCGAGUUACAAGAAACGAUUAGACCUCACCCCCACUUUGUCCUGUUUGCGACGCAAAAUCCUCCAGGUGCAAUUUAUGGAGGGCGCAAGGUAUUGUCGAAAGCCUUUCGUAACAGAUUCGUUGAGUUACACAUCGGUGACAUUCCCGACGAAGAACUCAAAGUCAUUCUGAAUAAGCGGUGUGAAAUCGCACCGAGCUAUUGCGUGAAGCUCGUAGAAUCUAUGCGCGCUUUGCAAGGUAUGCGAAGAGGUUCUCGAGCUUUUGCCGGUAAAGAUGGAUACAUCACCGCCCGCGAUUUGUUUCGCUGGGCGAAUAGGAAAUCCGUUGGAUACGAAAACUUAGCCAGCGAUGGCUUUCGUGUGCUUGGCGAGCGAUUGCGAUCGGAAAACGAAAGGAUGUCGCUGAAGAGAGUUCUCGAGAAAGCUUUAAAAGUCCCAGAGAUUUCUCUAGAACAACUGUACGAGGCGGCAUCCAGUGAAAAUUUAGAAGGACGUUUGGAAGUUGCUUUGACGGCUAAAAAUUGCGACAUUUCAGCUGAAGAAAUCAUUAUGGCACGUUCUAUCGCGUGGACACCCGCUAUGCGUCGUUUAUAUGCUUUGGUCGAAGCCUGCGUUGAGCAUAAAGAACCCGCUUUGCUUGUAGGUGAAACUGGUUGCGGGAAGACAACUGUGGUGCAGAUCCUUGCAAUGAUUCAUGGGCAAAAGUUACGUGUAUUAAACUGUCACCAACACACGGAAACUGGUGAUUUCAUAGGAGGCUUUCGACCUGCAAGACAAGGAGACGCACCAUUCGCGUGGGAAGAUGGACCUUUGAUUAAAGCCAUGCGCGAAGGGGAUAUUUUACUCGUCGAUGAGCUUUCACUCGCAGAAGAUUCCGUAUUGGAGAGGUUAAAUUCCGUCUUAGAACCCGGACGAGCGAUUACUUUACCUGAAAAAGGCGGUAUCGAUGUCGAAGAGCUCAUCGCUCACCCGAAUUUUCGAUUGAUAGGAACGAUGAACCCGGGUGGGGAUUUCGGAAAGAAGGAGUUAUCUCCGGCGCUGCGAAACAGAUUCACAGAAAUUUGGGUCGGGGGCGUAUCUUCGGCAAAAGAGAUGGAAGAGAUAGUUUCACGGCGUCUGGUUCAUUCUCAAAAUAUGGAUACUAUUUACGCGCACGACCAUGCGAAAGAAUUAGCCUUAUUCUGGGAAUUCUAUCAAAGCAUCGCCGGCGCCGGACAAGCAAAGGCGUGUUUGCAAACCAGAGAUAUUUUGGCUUGGGCUCAAUUCAUCAACGAAGUAGAGAAUAGAAAAGGGCCGAACGCGCUGUUAGGAUUUGCUGCGUUCGCGCACGGGGCGUACUUAACGCUUUUAGAUGGCCUCGGUCUGGGUUUAGGGAUGCCAGAGGAAACAGCUAAAGCGCUCAAUCGAAAAUGCGUCGAGUAUUUGCGCGCGCGCAUACCAGACACAGAGAUCCGAACCUUGAACGAACAAAUAUUACAAAGAGCGUCGUAUGCGCACGAUCCGAGUGCAGAAGACCAGAAGGAAGAUCUCCUCAACUGCGCUGCAGUUGACAACGGCACUCGAUUUGGCAUCUCGUCAUUCACGAUUAGUUGUGGCACGCAUCCGAUUCCCUCAACAUCUGAAUUCGCUUUAACUGCCCCGUCAACCAGGCGCAACGUUGCGCGACUCCUUCGCGCAUUGCAACUCGCUCGGAAACCAAUAUUAUUGGAAGGUUCACCCGGAGUUGGUAAGACGUCUAUAGUCUCGGCUCUGGCGAAGGCUGCGGGGCACAAACUGGUAAGAUUAAAUCUCUCGGAGCAGACUGAUAUGAUGGAUCUUCUGGGAGCAGAUCUACCAGCAUCUGAUGGUGAAGCCGGUGAGUUUAAAUGGUCCGAUGGAGCAUUUUUAGCGGCUUUGAAAAAUGGUGAUUGGGUUCUUUUGGACGAAUUGAAUUUGGCGCCGCAACCGGUUUUAGAGGGCUUGAAUGCCGCGCUCGAUCAUCGCGCAGAAGUGUUUGUGCCAGAGCUCGGUAAGACGUUCAAAUGCCCAUCAACAUUUAGAGUAUUUGCAGCUCAAAACCCUGCUGCACAAGGCGGUGGAAGAAAAGGAUUGCCAAAAUCUUUUCUUAAUCGUUUCACGAGAGUAUUCGUUGAGCCCAUGCGUAUUAACGACGUCGAGCACAUCGCGAAAAGUCUACAUCCGAACGUUAUCGAGAGCGUCAUCGAAAAGAUGGUCCACUGUAACGCAGAGUUAGCUCGUUUGAGUAGUACCACGGAUACGACUGGAUAUAGGUUUGCUAGAGCCGGUGCACCGUGGGAAUUCAACCUUCGAGAUAUCAUGAGAUGGUGCGAACUCGUUACUUCUAUCAUCCCAGAAAACGAGAUGGAUGAAAAUUCAUACGUCCGGGUGUGCGCAUCGGUAUUUAAUGCAUUAUAUACUCAGCGCUUACGAACUGUGAACGACCGAAUAAUUGCAAAGCACGCGUUUGCUCGAGCAUUCGGUCUUAACGCAGACGAGAUUCCAACCGCUUCCCACAUGAAAAUGCGAAAGGAUGGAUAUCUCGAAAUUGGCAAUGCAGUUUUACGCAGACAUACAUCCUCUACAUCAAAAUCUAGCGCUGAUGCUGGUAUUGCUUGCAUCGACGAAGAGGAAAAUUUCGCAAUUCUAAGAGGGAACUUAGAUUCCCUCGAAGCGGCUUCUUUCUGUAUCGAUCGCGGAUGGAUGACAAUCGUUGUCGGACAAGCCGCGUCUGGUAAAACGACGCUGGUGAAAACCCUCGCCAGACUUGCCGGAAAAGAUUUACAACGCAUCGCGUUGACUUCAGCUACGGAUACGAGCGAAUUACUCGGAUCUUUUGAGCAAAAAGAGUCGUCGAGAGAUCGCGUGGACUUUGAAUCUCGCAUCUUUAGUCUACUCCAAGGCAUUUGCGAAUCGAGUGCGUUCGGUGAUGUGAGUUCAACCACGCGCGCUUGGAAAAUGUGGGAAUCCUACAGAGCCGCCACGCAGACAUCAGAAGCAAUGUCAGAAAACGACGCGGAGAACGCAGUGUACAUUCUCCGCGAGGUGAUCGUUGCAUUAAGUGCCGCGGCUACUUCGAACGCAUCAUCUUUGCAAGACGAUGUUCAUUCUGAAAUCUCCUGGCUUCAUGAGAACUUUGAAGCCAUUGUCACGCCAACUUCGUUCAAUGUCGGACCUAAGAAAGAUGCCGGUCGAUUCGAGUGGGUCGACGGGGCUUUGCUAAAAGCCGUCGAACGAGGCGAUUGGGUUUUACUCGAAAACGCAAAUCUAUGCUCUCCAACCGUGCUCGAUCGUUUGAAUCCUUUGCUGGAACCGGAGGGGACUUUGUUGGUAAACGAAUGCGGUUUCUUACCAAAUGGCGAAAGCCGCAUCGUAAAGGCGCACGAAGGGUUUCGAUUAUUCUUAGCAGUCGAUCCAAGAAGAGGGGAAGUAUCGCGAGCGAUGCGCAAUCGUGGAGUUGAGGUAUUUUUGCAUCCAAAAAGAUACGAAAGCCCGUCAGACAACGAGCAGACAAGCUUGUUCUCCAAACAACUGGGACUGGCGGAAAUGCCGAGCUCUUCACCGUCGAUUAACGAGGAUAUCAAAUCUAUGGUCUUGGCAAAGGGUAUCCCAAAUGGUAUUCUAGCAGAUGCGAUCGUGCAAACACACUUUGCUAUGAUCAUUAAACUCAAAAUGACGAUUGGAAAUCACGUGCAUUUAACGUCGCGCGAUUCCUGUCGAUGGGCCGAGCUCGCGCUCGAGCUCGUCAAUAGGGGAGUACCCGUCAUGCGAGCGUUUCGUUUGAGUUUACCGCACGCGUAUAACGUGCCCAGCGAAGAAUCGAACUUCGUUUACGAUGAAAUAUUUGUGCCACAUAUGAAUUCGGUGUAUCUUGCUGGAAACACCUUGCAUUCGUUCAUAUCAUCACCAUCUGGUUGGCCGAAUCGUCUUGCUACGGCAAAUAGGAUAUCGCGAGAAGAUCGAUUGGCGCUAACGUCUUUGGAGCAAUUCUCAGGAUUUUCGCUGUCCACGCACGCAGCCGCACUUCUUGCUGCGCAGUGCUUUGUUCAGAAAACGUCGAGGGAUAAAAGCAAAGACGAAGACAUACUGCCGAUAUUGCACGAGAAGCAAUCGCUCGUAGCAAACCUACCGACUUCGCAGCUUAUGAAGUAUUUUCAAGGGGGUGCGUUUGAAACCUCUCUCGAAGAAGACGAAGCCGCGUGGAACAGCAAGGUAAUCGAACUCUUCCGUGCCUCCACCAUUUACGCGCUUAAAAAUAACUCAUCUGGAGCAUCUCUGGAUAAAAGUCGAGUGAGUUGGAACUUUUUCGCGAGUGCCAUCACAUCAACGUGCAAUGUUCCGCAAAUCGAAUCGAGUGUUCUCGCCUGGACACUUUUCCAGCGGUUGUUUGAAAAUAGGGAGCCUUUGGCGGAAACGGUUCAACUACUUGCGCCCCUCUGUGCGCGAUAUUCCUUUGAAAAGGCAUAUACAGAUACAUGCUUCUUAUCGUCAACUGCGCACGUUGGUGACAUGAAAGCUUUGACCAUGUCCUGCUAUCGCGCGAAGAACGCGAAAGAGAAGGCGAGGCAAAGCGCUGUGCACGCGUCUCUGGAUAAAAUAGCUCUCGCGAACCAGCUAUUAGAAGAAACGAACGAAGUUUUGCUUCAGGAGUCGCUCUCGUGUACUGGGCCAUUGAAUAUUGAAUCAAUGAAACUUUUGAAUAGUUUCGUAUCGUGGAAGUCACAUUUUGAUGUGCUCAUUCGUUCAACGCCGUAUGAAGACUUUGAGGUGGCCAAUGGUAAUCUCGACGCGGCGCUUGAAAACCUUGCGGUGGCUUGGUUACAAACAAAACAAGCCGCGCAAAAUUACGAAAGUUGGUUAUCCUUGCAAAAUAAAAACACUACUGCUCCUAAUGAUAGAGCAGGCUUGCGCGAUGAAAAGCGUUCGCUUCUCGUAGACGAAGCAUUUGGUGUUCCAUCCAAGCCUCCAGGAGUACCGUUCCUCUGGCACGCUAUCGGGAAACCAACCUUGCCGCAAAGUGAUACUCUUCGCACAGCCGAGGAAAUCGUUCGCAUAGCAUCUAGAGCACUCCAAAACAACGGCUCCCGAGUAAACACACUUUUGGAUUACACUCGCUCUUCGAGGAAUGAUCCUUCGAGUAGAGCGAUUGCAUUCUUGGCUAAAGAGGCUGCCAAUUUAGGCGCAUCGGCGAAACUGCGAUUCACCGCCUUGGAAGCGUUGUGUUUUUUCAGCUUCACACACGUCGGUAUUGCUUCGAGCGAAAAUGGGAUAGCAGAUAAUGAUGCUACGGCACUACCAUCGCUGCUUUCUCGUCAACUGUAUCAGCAUUGUGUGGACUCGGGCGCGUGGGAUGCGUCUACGCAAGAGCGCGCCAAGGCCAUUCUUAAAAUAUACGAUUCGUUGUCGUCAUCGAGCGAGUUCGAAGAAGAAAUUUCGGAUGCGAUGAUGAUAAUGGACAACGAUACCGUCGAUUUGGAUAGAAAUGGCACCAAUGCUCCAUUUGCGUUUGAAAUUCCAAACCGAGAACUUGUCAAAUCGCUCGAUGACGAUGAAUCUUGGUCGCUGGAAACCUCGUCGGCGGUUCUCGCUCCGCCGAGGUUUUCUUUUCCGCACUGGACUUUGAAAUGGAAGGAUAUUACGUUCAAGAACGCACAGCUUUCUCCGUUUGCAGAGUUAUGCUCUCUCGAGCUUGAUAGAGAAGUUCUCGCACGUCUCGCGCUGAUUUUGAGUUUUGACAGUAGUAAUGAAGAGGAAAAGGAUCAUCAUAGAAGAGAAAAGCUCUUGGAGCGACUACACGAGGCAACCUCGAAGGCUUUAUCAUUCGGUGUGUCUCACUCUCCGCGUGCUGCGUCUGAUUUCGAAGGCCAUCGAAAAUUCCUAUGGGACAUGAGUGAUCCCAGUCAAACGACCGUAGAUGCGUCUGCUCUAUCCCGAAGAGCUUUGGAAAUUUUUCUAUCUUGGCACGACGCGCAUCGCUCAGGAGCGCUCUCGCAGCUUCCCCAUUUUUUGAAGACGACUAAAAAAUCGUCGAUCAAUAUAGGCUCGAAAAAUGAGCAAGUAUUGGCAGAGCUCGAGACUAAAUGGCUCUCCUGCGAUGGACCAGCCCGUACAGAACGCGCGCUUCAAACCAUCCUGACCUCGGCGUUGUUCGUCUCCACCGUCGGUCUUGAAGAACGCGGACAAAGAGUCGCGCAAUUACGAUUGGCUGCAAGGCAAUUGAGAAUGCGUCGGGACAAUGCUGAGGACGAGAGUGCGAAAGAUUGGAAUACGUUGCGUGGUAUUUUCGUCCACACCAUGUGCGCUUACGGUGCAGAUGGCAUGAUAUGUGAGUAUGCAUUAGGGUUGAGGGAAGAGUUGGUAUCCAAGAAUACUACUUUAGGAAACGUGACACGACAAUCCCUUUUCGAUGAGCAGCGUAACGUCGUGAGCAGAAAUUUGACACAACAGUUCAAAUAUUCUUCAACGUCGGUGAGCGUGACGCUCGAAGGUCUAUUCGAAUGUCUGUCUGAGCAUUACAUAAGUAAUAUAGGUUAUCAUCAAAGAGCAAACCGCGACCGAUUCCUUCGAGGUAUGGCCUGGACCCGUCUCGGGUGUUUGCGGCUGCACUGCAUGUUCCCUUCGGGGAUGUCGGAUCCAAUGGCGGAGACAAGUAACGAUGCAAAGCGCGUAGAUCGAGAAAUUAAUUUUGAGAGCAUUCCGGCAAUCGAAAUCAUUGAGUUUCACGAGCGAUCGCCGCUUCUCGCCUUGGGUAGCGAUGCCGAUCCCGAGAAGCAACGAGUCGAACAGGCAAAGACUGAACUCGAAGCGCAUCAAAUAAAGUUGCGAAGAAUGUUCGCGCCUCGACCGAGCGUUCCAAAAUGGCGUCAGCUUAUGCGCCAUAUUCAUCGUUUUUCGCACGAGAAAGGCGGAUUAGCGGAGCCAGAAAGGCUCGAAGCAACCUUAAAAUCUCUCGAAGGUUCCUUGAAAGCGUCUUCGAAAGAUACCUUUUCUGAAGCCGGUGCAUUUGAGAAAGCGUACCAAGAAGUGAAAGUGCUUUCAGAUGCCGCUAAACACUGGUCGGAAACUUUAGAGACGCCACAGUAUUCAGGAUAUGCGGAUGCCACGAAACCGCUGAGACUCGCCGCGGCGGAACUUACCCGAGGCUUGAAACUAUUAGAGGAUGGUUUAAGCGGGGGUAUGGUAGACCCUUCUCGAGCGUUGGCGACGAGAGCGAUGAGAGAGCUUUUCAAGUUUUCUUCUUCCGACGAGUACGAUGAAAAGAGUUUAGAAAGAAACGUAGAGAGCAUGGCAAGAGCGUCGUCAAGUUUGCUCACGGACGUUUCCACGCUCAAAUCGUUACAAAAGCUCGAAAAAUCAGGGGAACUCCGCGUCGCGGUGCUCAAAGUCGCUAUGCAGAAAGUUCGCGACGACGUGAUUAAAGAAAAGUCUCUCUCGCCGCAGCUGUGGAAAAACGCGUCUUCUGUUUUUGACCGCUUAGCCGAUCUUUGGAAAUCAGUGCGAGAUAUUGAAAUGGAGAAAGAUGACACCCUUUACGAACAUGAUGAUAAGAUUGCCGUGUUUCGUCGCGUCGUAGCGGCGCCGACGGCGAUGGAGAUCAUGGAAGGCGACGACGACGAAACUGAGAGGAGAUUUUCUGAAACGACUUUUGGUACCUUUGUCGAACAAUGGAAAGAUUUCAAGGAUGCGCCGGGUGAUAUUUUGCAACUCGAUCACGAUUGUGUCGAAGAAGGAGACGAGAACAAGAAAUCAGAAGAGGACGAUUCGGAUGACGAGAUGGACAAUAACGCAGCGAUUGCGGCGAAAACAGCCGGUUUGCUCGAAGGCGCUCUGCUCCUCGAGCUCGUGGCAACGCACGACGUCGUGUGUGCGAUUGGUGCGAGCACUUCAAUCGGUGCUAAUAUCGAAACCUCAUACGAUACGGAACGACGCGCCGUGAACCCAUCUAAGUUUUUGCACACGAACGCAAAGGAGCUCACAGAACCCCUCGCGAAUCGCGCCACGUCGUUUGUCGACGCGCACGACGUCGGUUUCAUGAUCUUGCGACGCGCUGCGAUUAAGGACGACAGAAUGCAAUCGUUACCGAGAGUGCUCGAUGAUACCAGUCAACUCGGUAACUUGACCCGAGUGUGUUUAGAACAUCUUGCGGUUUCGAGAGGCACGAUGUCCGAAGACUCGCCUGAAGGUGUCGAUCAGUCAAAAGACGAAAAGUUCAACCACAAAAAAUUGCAAAGACACGCGGAUGCCAUCGAUCACGAAAUGUCCAGAGGCGACGCACCGGGAGAAACCUCUCUGGCGCUCCCAGUCGUAGCAAAUUGUCGACGUAAAAUUACCGCGCUGCUGCAAGAAUGGCCAGAACAUCCUUUGUUGACGCAACUCGCGGAGAUUUGCGAUCGGAUUUUAAAGCUGCCUUUGCUCGGUCCCGUGAAAACCUUCUUAACUGGUCUCGAGUUGCUUCUCGCUCGAGCGCAAACGUGGGAACAAUCGGCAUCGACUGAAACGUCUUUACUUGAUGAGCUUACGGCUAUGGCAAACGUGGCUAUGCGUUGGCGACGACGUGAGUUACACGCGUGGUCGAGACUGUUAGAGAGGUGUUCGGAAAGACACGCCGCGCGAGCCAGGCGAACGUGGUUCGCGUUGCACAGACUUUUGAAAUCCGUGCAAUCGUCCAUCCCUUUUGAUGCAGUCGAAGACGACAAGACUAUCACUACCAUGGAUGAAAUCGAUGAAGAAGAAGACGAAGGCGAUAUUCAAGGCAUUCGCGAAAUCACGCGCGCGCUCGAAGAGUACCUCCAAGGCUCCACUUUAGGGGAAUUCCUCGCACGACUCUCUCUCGUGAAAACGUUCGAACAUCACUUAACCGCGGAUAUCCGCGCUCGAGCUGCCUUGAACUUACUUCCAAGAAGAGGCGAUGCAGCCUUACGAUGCGUGCUGCACAAUACGUACCGUUAUUACCAUCAAUUCAAACCUGCUGUGGAAACUGAAAUUGAAAACGAACGCGCCACGCCGGCGAGGAAGCUCGAGGAUCACGCCAAGUUGGCGAAAUGGGAAAACCGCGGCUACCACUUCAUGAAACAACAAGCGGAAUCCAACGAGCGCGUUUUGCACAAACACGUUCGUCAGUUUGAUCGCGCUUUGCAAAAACUCGUCUUACCCAUCUUGGAAUCUGCGUCGAGAAACAGCACCGGGUUAGCCGUUUUGCCGAAGGAACAAUCAAAAGACGACGAAGAGGCGACGGCAGCGCCGACGGACGAAGACCCCUUGGAAGUGAUCUUUGAAGAUAUUGAAGAAGAAGACGAGGAGAAGAAGAAAAAGCGAUUCGAUAAAGCGGUCAAAGCGGCGACGAUAAAACGCGAGCGGGACAAAAGAGAAGAGAUUGCAAAGAGAAAGCUCGAACAGUUGGAUGCCGAUUUGACGGUGAAGAAGCGGGCGUUUGAUACUUCGACGAAAGUAUUACUCGCUCGAGUUUCUCGAUUGAAAUCAAUUGAAAGCGAAGAAGGGAACGCAUCGUCUCUUUUACACCGCGUAGAUGCUUUGACGAAAAAGAUCACAUCCGUCUUGGCAACGUCGACCAUGGAAACUUCACGCCGAUCUCAAAUUCGUGCCGGAGGCGUCGACAUAGACGCAUUCGCGUCUCGAAUCGCGCGCAGAGCUACAGCUUUGCGCACAGACGAAACGGUGAAAAAGGCCAUAAAAAAGAAAGCUCUCAACGAUCUCAUGAAGACUUUGCCUGAACUCGGGAUCACGCACAAGCGCGCGGCGGUUCCGGAAAAAUUUCGCGAACCUGCGCGAUGGUUUACCGAACCGCCUCUAGAACCGCUCUCCACCGGGCAAAAAGAAAGGUUUCUUCCCGAAGAAGGAGACGAACUCGAUUCUGCCGACCAGUCGUAUUACGUUGCAAUGUCUCGGGUGCAAAGAUUGCAAAACGUGACGAAUAAUAAUCCUCCCAAUCCUGAUUUAGAGGUGAUUCAAACGACCAGAGCGGUGGCGAUGUGCGAACAUCUUUUGCACAGGCUUCGCGCGCAACGCAAGACGUUAUCUUCCGCACUUGCGUCAGAGAAUGUCUUGGAUGAAUUCGCUUCUUCGUUAGAAAAACUGGUCGAGGAAGCCGAAGAACAGAGUAGCAUGCAAGAGGAAGAUACUCUCUCACUUUUUCGUUCAUCAUCGGGUGUAACUCUCGCUCAAUGGAUGUGCAAUGUGCGCGCCUUCAUCGAAGCUGUCUCCAACGCGGCGAAAGACGCCAUUUUGGCAUCCAUCGCGUCUUCGAGUUGCGAAUCCGUUCCAAAGCUUCGAGGCUCAUGGAGCGAGAAGGCAGCGAGAGAAGCUUUGCUAAACGUUGAAUUGAGGUGCGAGGAAGCUCGAGAAGCGCUCAAUCCGUACGUGAAGCUGUCAUUUGCGGCUGUCGCACAAGCGAGCUCUCGGUUGUCGUCAACGGCGCAAAAUACUACUUCUGGAAAAGAAAUGUUCGCGUCGUGGCGAGCGGUGCCAAUGCUCGGUUUGCAAGCCAAACGCGCUCUCUCCGUGGGACUUGAUCGUCUAAGAGUUGCGUCGAAAGAUAUUGAAGCCGCGCACGAUGCGGUUAUAGAAUCUGCGCGAUCGAAAGAUGUCGUGGAGACCUACGGCACGUACGCGGCGGAUUGCGAGAACUGCCCAGGUUGGGAUCCGUUGCGCAAACUUUUAGGUACGAUCUUAUCCACCGCGAUUACUCACUUCGAGAGGAACGAAAACAAGAACAACACCACUACUGAAAUUGAGGAGACUAAAGCCGCCGAAAUCGACGGCUUAAAUUCGUUCAACGCAUCGCUCGAGAUGUGCAUCGAACGCGCGUUGAUUUGGGCGCAAGGGGUUCACAAAGCCGCAAUGACGGACGAAGAGGAAGAAACGGAAAAGAAAGCAACCAAUGCGAGCACUGAUGAUGGCAAAAACGACAACGAGAACGACGGUGAAGACGACGGGCUAGCCUCGUUCAAAGUGUACGAAAAACACUGCGGCAACGCCGUCGGCGCCAAGCGUCUCGAAACGCUCUGCGAUGCCAUCCGCGAAGCCUCUCUUGCCUACGCUCGCGUCACGGAAAGUAUCACUUCGCCCUAUUCUUCUUCUACUGAAAGAAAUCGUCAAAAUGUCAUCGCAAACGCGGCAAAACUUGCUCCGAUGUUCCGCUCCAUCGCUUUAGUUGCGAAAGAAACCAUCGUCGAGUACUCCAAGUACCAUCGAGCGUCGACGAAAUUAGCCAAAGUGUUAACCGCCGUCUUCUGCGGUCUUUGCGAGGAAGGUUUCUGCGGUGCCAAGGACGACGGAGACGGUAAAGGUACCGGUGACGGCGAGAACAUGAAGCUCUCGGACGACAAAGACGGUACCGGUGCGGCUGAAGGUGAAGGUAAAAAAGACGUUUCGGAGCAAAUCGAUAACGAGGAACAAAUUUUGGGCAUGGAAGACGCGGAGAAACAAGACGAGGAAAAGAAGGAACAAACGAAAAAAGGCGGAGAAGAAGAAGAAGAGGAAGAUCGCGGCAUUGAAAUGAAAUCCGACUUUGAGGGCGUCACGCACGACGUGGAAAACGAACCAGAAGAUGGCAACGAAGACGAAGAUUUGGAGAAGGAAAUGGGGGACCACGAAGACGGUGACGACAUCAUCGACGAGAGGUUAUGGAACGACGAAGACGACAAGAAGGAAAAAGAGGAAGGGAAAGACGAGGGACCGGAUGAGUUUGAAAAAGGAGACGCGAUGAAACGAGAAGAUGCCAGAGACGAAGAGAUGCGAGGGAAAGACGAGGACGAGGAAGGGAAAGAUGAUGGGAAAGAGGACGGAAAGAAACCUCCUCGAAAACCAGACGACAAGGAGAAAGGCAAGCCGGAGGCUAAUAAAGAGGAUACGAAUGAAGGUCCAGACGAGGAAGCCGACGAUACGAAAGACGACAAUAAUAUGAACGACCAAGAGGUCAAAGAUGCUACUGGUAUCACGCCUAAGGGUGAAGAAGAAGACGGGGACGACGAUGCGAACGAUGACUUGGAUAUCGAUCUCGGAGAUGACGACAUGCAACUCGACGGAGGCGAUGAAGCGGAAGAAGAGAAAGGUGAAGAAGACGACGGAUCGAAACCAACUGACGACGACAUGAACGAUGAUGGUGACUUAACCGGUGAAAAUGGCGAAAACAAAGACGAUCGAGACGAUCGAGACGACGCCGAGUUGAACCCAGACGACGACGCGCGGGAGAAUGAAAAAGAAGCCGGCAAUGACGACAUGGACGUCGAUAACGAGGAAGAAGAGGAAGACGGUCAAAUCGGUCAAGACGGCAAAGACGACGCGGUUAACGAUGCUAACGCUCAGGAAGCACACGAAGAGGAGGAUAAAGACGCUCGGAAUCAAGCUGGACCGAAAGGUGCCGGAGACGGCGGCGGCGGAGACGACUGCGAAAUCGACGAAUCCGAGCAACAGCAACAACACGGUCAAGGCGGCGAACAAGGCGCGGCGAGUGCACGCGGAACGGCCGGCGAUGGAAGCGCACGGACACAACCAAACAAAAACGCUGGCGGCCAAGACGAACGUGAAAACGACGACGACCAGAAUUUCACGAAGGAGCAAAAAGAAGUACAGCAAGAAGCGCCGAUGCGAUCCACGGCUGGAUUUCAGAAUCAAAACGAGGACGAGGACGAUGCCGGCGAUGGCGACGGCGACGGCGAAGCCGCUGGUAAAGGUGCCGCGGUUCCGACUUCCGCACAACCCAUGGACGACGCCGAGCAGAACAACGCGAAUCAAAACGAGGAGAACAAAUCGAAGAAGAGCGGUGGUCCGGAGAUGAACCCUCACCGCUCCCUCGCCGCGGCAAUGAAGAAAUGGCGCGAGAACUUAUCGAUCGUCAGCGACGACAAUGACGAAGAAGACCAAAACACAAAGGAUGUAGGCGAUGCGGACGAUAUAAUUCAAAACGAAAACGACGCCGCGGCGGAAUUUCAGUUCAUACACGGGGGUGAAGAGAACGAAGAGAAAGGACCAGCCGCGUUGGCUCCGGCGACCGAGGAACAAGCCGUGACGCAAAAACUCAAAGGCGCGAAUACUGGCGAAGAAGACGAUGAACGGCUCAACGACGAUGAAAAAGAAAUCAACGCCGAAGAGUUCUUUAAGAAGGAAGACGAAAAGAUGAAGAAAGUUGAUGAGGCUGAUCUCGACGCGAAAAACAAGCAUAAAGAAGAUCCGAUGGAGAAGAACGAGGAAGAUGUCUCCGGCGAGAUGGCAGAAAAGCAGCAACAAAAGAAGAGCAACAAAAAGAAAAGUCAACGCGACAAGAACUUCGCGCCAAACGAGGAGUUGCAACUUGAAGAAAAUGUUGACGCCAAUGGAGGUGAAGUAAAGGAUGACGACGAUGAAAAGGAUGGCGACGAUGAAAAAAUGGCAUCUGACGACGAAACCGACGAAGAGCGAAAGAAGAAAGAACUGAAGGAAAAACGCUUACUCGAAGAAGCUAUCGUCGAGCUGAAAAAUGCCAACAUCGAGCACGAUAACAACGAAGAAGAGAAUGUCAACCGAACGCGCGAACUAACCGAAGAAGAGAUUGAACUCGCGCGCGCGGAAGCCGAGAAAGAUUUACAAAUGUUCCGAGAAGAUAAAGACAACGCCUUGUCUGAAAUGGACGAAGAUGCCGCCGAACAUCUUUGGCGAACUCUAGAAGAUUUAACCGGUUCUCUCUCUGGCGAAUUGAGCGAGCAACUCCGAUUGAUUCUCGAACCGACGUUAGCAUCUCGUUUACGCGGCGACUACCGAACCGGAAAACGUUUGAAUAUGCGAAAAAUCAUCCCGUACAUCGCCUCCGAUUUCCGAAAGGACAAAAUUUGGCUUCGUCGAUCGAAACCGUCUGAGAGAAGGUACCAAGUCGUAUUAGCCGUGGAUGAUUCGUUAUCAAUGUCGGAGAAUAAGCGCGAUCGAGCGGCGCUCGAGGCGAUGGUCUUAUUGGCGAGAGCGAUGAGUCGAUUAGAAGUUGGCGACAUCGGCGUCGUCGGUUUCGGCGGAUGCGUGAAGACGUUACACCCACUCGGUGAACCUUUUGUGGACCAAAACGGCCCAAAACUGGUCUCUAAGCUCACGUUUCGUCAAGACAGCACGUUGGCCGAUCGGCCGAUGGUGACUUUACUGGAGAGUUUGCACCAGCAACUUUCUUUAGCGCGAGAAAAUUCCAGUUCUCGAGGCAGCGCCGAGGCCGGCUCGAACCUCCAACAACUCGUCCUCAUCAUCGCCGACGGACAAUUCCACGAGAAAGAAGCCUUAACGAAAGUCAUGCGCGAAUUUGGAAAUCAAAAAGGCGUUUUAAUCGCGUUUAUCGUCCUCGAUAACCCAGAAAAGUCUUUAUUGGACAUGCAAUCCGUGUCGUUUGAAAAAGGCAAACCGAAAAUGACGAAAUACUUGGACUCGUUUCCGUUUCCGUAUUACGUGGUCGUUCAGGAAUCGAACCAAUUACCGUCGACGAUUAGCGAUUUAUUGAGACAAUGGAUCGAAAUGGUCAGCAGCAAUUCCGAUUAA